UAAAAGAUCUCUUCCUUCCCCAGAAACAACUCAUUUGUCUGCUUGGCCACCUCCUCCCACCCCAGGCGCGGCCGCGCUCGGGUGCACGGAGCUUUUCCUGGCGGGAUGAAAGUCGGCAGAUAAAACAGAUAAACCAUCAGCAUCAGGUCGCAGCAUCCCUCACUCCUGGCCAGCUCAGGAGCCGAGCUGCGAUGCCUGGCCGGUGAUGCAAGGCUCGAUCUUUCCAGCACGCUUUUCCCUCGGGCUCCAGGCUCUCCCGCGGGUGCAGCUCGGGCUGGUUCGGGUGUGGAGCCUCGGCAGCCUCCACCCGCUCCGGAGCCGGCCCUGGCAGCUGCGGAGUUGCUGUCACACUUGGAGCUUUCUUGGGGCUUUCUCGGUGUCCCCUCUCCGUCAUCCCCUCCCGCCUUGGCCGAGCCCCAGCUCCUCGCCCGGAGGAAGGGUGCACGUUGUGGGCAUCUCCCAUCCACCGAAAUCUAUGAUCAGCUCGGUGUGUGUCUCCUCCUACCGUGGACGCAAGUCUGGGAACAAACCACCCUCCAAAACAUGCCUGAAGGAAGAGAUGGGCAAAGGGGAAGAGUCGGACAAGAUCACCAUCAACGUGGGCGGCACCCGGCAUGAGACCUACAAGAGCACCCUGCGGACUCUGCCGGGCACCCGCCUGGCCUGGCUGGCCGACCCCGACGCCCAGAGCAACUUUGACUUUGAUGGCAAAAGCAACGAGUUCUUCUUCGACCGGCACCCCGGCAUCUUCUCCUACGUGCUCAACUACUACCGCACGGGGAAGCUGCACUGCCCCGCGGACAUCUGCGGACCCCUCUUCGAGGAGGAGCUCACCUACUGGGGCAUCGACGAGACCGACGUGGAGCCCUGCUGCUGGAUGACCUACCGGCAGCACCGCGACGCCGAGGAGGCCCUGGACAUCUUUGAGAGUCCCGAGCCUGGCGGAGGGGCUGCUGGAGAGGAGGCUGAAGAGGAAGGGGGUAGGGAGAUGGCCCUGCAGCGCCUGGGCAUGGAUGACAGGCCUCCAGGGGCAGCAGGGGCGGCUGGAGGGGGUGGAUGCUGCAGGAACUGGCAGCCCAAGAUGUGGGCGCUCUUUGAGGAUCCCUACUCGUCCAAGGCGGCAAGGGUGGUUGCUUUCGCCUCGCUUUUCUUCAUCCUGGUCUCCAUCACAACCUUCUGCCUGGAGACACACGAGGCCUUCAACAUCAACGUCAACGUGACAGAGACCUUGGUGGUGGGCAACACCACAACGGUGCUGCUGACCCACAAGGUGGAGACGGAGCCCAUCCUCACCUACAUCGAAGGGGUCUGCGUGCUGUGGUUCACCCUCGAGUUCCUGGUUCGCAUCAUCUGCUGCCCAGACAAGCUUCUCUUCAUUAAAAACCUGCUCAACAUCAUUGACUUCGUGGCCAUCUUGCCCUUCUACCUGGAGGUGGGUCUCAGUGGCCUGUCCUCCAAAGCUGCCCGGGACGUGCUGGGUUUCCUGCGGGUCGUUCGCUUCGUGCGCAUCCUGCGGAUCUUCAAGCUGACGCGGCACUUUGUGGGUCUGCGCGUGCUGGGCCACACUCUGCGGGCCAGCACCAACGAAUUCCUGCUCCUCAUCAUCUUCCUCGCCUUGGGGGUCUUGAUUUUCGCCACCAUGAUCUACUACGCCGAGCGGAUCGGAGCCAAGACAUCCGACCCCACUGGGAACGACCACACUCACUUUAAGAACAUCCCCAUCGGCUUCUGGUGGGCCGUGGUCACCAUGACCACCCUGGGUUACGGUGACAUGUACCCCAAGACCUGGUCGGGGAUGGUGGUGGGCGCCCUGUGCGCGCUGGCCGGGGUGCUGACCAUCGCCAUGCCCGUGCCCGUCAUCGUCAAUAACUUUGGGAUGUAUUAUUCCUUGGCCAUGGCCAAGCAGAAGCUGCCAAAGAAGAAGAAAAAGCAUAUACCCCGUCCAGCCCAGCUGGACUCACCCACCUAUGGCAAAUCCGAGGAGAACUCGCCCCGGAACAGCACCCAGAGCGACACGUGCCCACUGGCAGUGGAGGAGGGGGUGACUGAGAGGAAACGGUCAGACUCCAAGCAGAACGGGGAGGCCAACGUGGUGCUGUCGGACGAGGAGCAGCCGCUGUCCCCCAUGGACGAGGAGCAGCGGCCGAUGCGGCGCUCCAGCACCCGGGACAAGAACAAGAAAUCCUCCACAUGCUUCCUGCUGGCCACGGGGGACUUCUCCUGUGCAGCAGAUGGAGGCAUCCAGAAAGGCUGUGGAAAGUCGCGGAGCCUGAGCAGCAUUGACGGAGGAGCGGCGCGCCGGGCUCCGCUGGCCUCCCGCUGCAGCUCCCCUUGCUCCCUGCAGCACCCCUGCUCCCCCGUGCCCUCCAUCCUCUAAAGGACCUCGGGGGUCCCUCUGCUCCCCACCACGCCGAGCAGCCCCAGCUGGGACAUCUCCAUCCCCCAGGAGCUGGUUCUGACCCCCUCUCCAGUUCCUCCAUCACGUCUCCACUGAGCUUGUCUGGUGUCCAUGUGGAUGGGCAGUCGCUGGAGGAGGUUUUGGGGUGGUUUUCCCCCUCUUUGAAACCUUAUUCAUCCUAAAUAAACCCUGCAAUUCCCUCUGGUGUUGAGCCCUCCCUCCCGUGGGCCAUUUGUGUUGGGCUAAAGGGUGGUGGAAACACAAGGAGGACAAGUUGACUCAUGAAAUUAUAUCUCAUUGUGCUGGGAAUGGCUGAAUUCAUAUAUUUUUAGGUUUUAUGUUGUUUGGUUUUUUUUUAAAAGCAGCCUCAAGUUUCUGGAGGCAACAGAUGAAUAAACCUCUAUUCCCUGCCCAGCAGUGGUUCCCCUCUUGUUUUGUGCCUUUUUCUGCCUAAAUUCUACUUAUUCUUUCUCCUUCCAACCUCAGGAUGGGCCUGAGGGCCUUGGAAACCAGCCUUGAGAUCCCCUGGAGGCUGGAGGGCCCUGGAAGCGGGGUCAGGGAGCACACAGAGGCUGGGAUGAUAGCUAUGGAUGCUCCCAUGAAGAGCUGGGAAGUGGUGGCAAGAGGAAUAAAGGUCCCUGGCAAAGCUGCUGCUGGAGUGGAUUUGAGAGAGAGAUUUGAGGCAAAAUGAUGCCUAAAUAGAUGUGGGAUGAAUCCUUUUUUGG